UCGAUGAUUGUUAGACGUAUGUUUUGUUGAAAUGUCUGCGACGAAGAAAAGUGAUAUCAACCAAAAGGAUUUACAACUUUGACCACAGCUGCAUUCAAUACGGACGCAAGAGGAAGGCAACAUGAGGAGCACGAACAUGAAGGAAAACGUGGAACGUUCCCUGCGAUCUCACCUUCCCGAGAAAAGCAGGGGCGAGGCCAGUGGCGGCAACAUGUCGGUAUCACGCCAUAAGAAGACGGCAUCGCAUGCUGUGAUCUCGAUACGAACGAUAGCUGCACUGUGUGGGGCAGCGUUGGUUUGUCACACUUAUUAUUACGGCAGGAAUACUGCCAGGACCUAUCGGUCCGCAUUGAACACGUCAAAUCUCGACUACUACUAUUCACGAGCGGUUUCGUAUUCCAAAUCGCUUCCAGCAACAAGUCUCGACUCAAAAAUAUUUCCACAUCAAUUUCAACAGCUUAAAGAAAAACAGUUCUCCAUCUCUCGUCCRGUUAACGAUUCCUGGUUGACAUUAGAGGAACGCUUACAGAUUGAGAAAGAAUUUCGUCGACAUAAUCGGGAAUCAAUAUAUUCGCUUCUGUUGUUGCCAUCACCUCAUGACAAUGAUGAUGACGAUUAUGAUUAUGACGAUGAUGACAAUGAUGACAGAAUUGUAAAUUCGGAGACCGUAUUGCAAUGGGGAAAUGAUUUCGAUUAUCUUCUCGAACAUGGCCACAAGAGACACGAUCAGGGCCUCUACGAAUUUCAUAGUCUGUGGGGAUUGGGAAUGGAAGAAGAAGAUGCCAAAAAGCAUAGGAAUGAUCCCAGGGUCCUCUCGGCAGCCUGGACGAGUGGUUCAAAGAAACCUAGAUUSAUUCACGAACACAACAUUUGCCAUGCCUUUCGACACGCACGGGACAUCGCUCAAUUUAACACACCGCACGUACUCCUGACACACCUGAACGAAAACUGGGGGACUCUUUCUUCGUAUGUCCCCAGCCGAACGCAUGACUGGGGUGAUAUCCUCGAACACUGGGGGAAACUGGAUGGUAGUCCUUGCGACCCAUUGGAGGUCCAAGAGUUUUAUUUGAAUUCACCUCAGACUCUGGCAGUAUUUACCACCCAACAUCAGGCCUUAUUCAAUCACCCAAAGGUGCAUUCGAUACCGAUUGGAGUUGCCAAUGCACCUGAUGGUGGCGAGGCAAUGCUUCGACGGCUCUCAAAACAAAAACGCCAAAACCAAAAGAAAAACUCUGCAAACAAGUCAUUGUCGAAUAACUCUAGACGUAAUUUGAGAAACAAGGAUAUCAGGGAGAGAGGAGGGAAAAUUGAGCAGCAUAAAUCGUUUGCUGACAAUAGUACUUCCAUACGAUCAAGCUACAGGAAGUUAAAAUCAAGGCUCAAUAAUUCGCGACCGCAGUUUCUUAUGAUCAAUGCCUCUCCCUCACCUACCCGGAAACCACAAAUAGAUGCGGUCAUUCGUAACUUUGAAAACUCAGGACACCCACAAGGAAAAGGAAUCAAAAAUAUGUACGAGCAAUAUGAGGGCACUUGGGAACAGCAACGAGACCAAUAUUACGACGAUAUGUCAAACAGCAAGUUUAUCUUAUGUCCAUCCGGGAUUGGAUAUGAUACAUACCGCGCUUGGGAGUCGAUCGCUAUGGGCGCAAUUCCAGUGAUGGAGCGCCACAAAUACACUUACAAAAUAAUUACUUUUCCUGCAUCUAGUGGCAACCGGCCCAAACUCAUAUCAUUGGAAGAGGCAAGCCAAAAAGGAUUACAAGAAAAGCUUCAAAAACAGAAUGCCACGCUCGAAACCAUCGAAUAUUACGACGGAUGGCAAAAAUCAUUCGACGAUCUACCUGUGGUAUGGAUAGAUGGGGAAUUCGGAGAUGAGGCGCCCAAGCAGGGUAAAAAAAAAGGAAACUACCUUACGCCACAAUUUUUAGAGGAUCAAUACGACGAAUUAGCCUUGCGGGAGGGAAACUUUCGGUACGAAAAACUGACUUCUCUCUACUGGAUCCAAUUUAUGGAAUCAUUUUUAUUGAAGAAUAAUGAUAAUGAUAACGAUGAACUMUGGAAUCGUGCAAUGAGCUCUCUUUCAUCCACAUUCAACAAUCACACGGUAUCGGUGGAAGAAUUUAUGACCAUGAGUAAGGAUUCUCACAAUCACAAGCUCCACCAGGUGGAGGGGGAGGAGGAGGAGGAGCAGCAGCAGCAGCAGCAAGAAGAUGAUUACCGCAGCAACUAUCUUUUCGGGAGCUAUCAACCAGUAGUUCUUUCCUGGGUGUUGUUUWUUGAACUAAAAGUUGCGGGAAUCUUGUCGGUUGUCAUUGCGAUUCGGCGAUGGAACGUGAGCAAAACAAGUGACAAUGGUAACUAAUGACGAAUGAUCGCAGAAACAUAAUGAAGAUGGAUAGUCGUGCUCGCCGUCAGCCAUAAUUUUGCUUACACCUAUGUUAAACA